AUGAGUGGCCGGGGCGCGUAUUACAAGGCGAAAUACGGCGGUGGAGGCAGAGGCGGCAGACAGCACCACUCAGCGGGAGGGGGGGGACCCCAUGGCUACGCCUCAGCGGGAGGGGGGGGGCCCCAUGGCUACGCCUCAGCGGGAGGUGGAGGGCCCCAUGGGUAUGCCUCAGGCCACAGGCCUUUUCAAGAAGAAGACGAUGAUGCUGUAGGAGGGACUGGCGCAUCUGCCUCGGCAUUUGUACACGAUAAGGACCUCUCUAGAUGUCUUGUCAGCUUAGAAGGCAAGAGCUACGGGGCGUACAAGGACCUGAUUGGGUGUUGGAAGGUCUCCGAGUUUUUGUUAUUUCUAGACAAAGUUCAGUCCGACCCUUUCGCCCCUCCUAGCCGAUUUCGUCUGCGUCUUCCCCAAUCCCGCGCCCAGUUUCCUCCUCAUUUGUAUUCUUCUUAUAUUCGCAAUGUAGCUCUUUGCGACUUCUUGACGCGGAAGUUUUUCGAGGCAAUUUCGCGAGGAGGGAUUCUGGGUCCUGAAGAAGGGAGCCAUCAUCAGGGGGGAUGGCACGACAGCAAACCGGACACUAUCCGCAUUGACAGGCCAGGGCAGUUUGUGCUGCCGCGGAGUUCGUUUGUAGUGACGGCGGAAUACGUUGAGGCUCGCUGCACGAUUGGUUUGCCUGCGCGAGGCAGAAGAAUAGAAGGCAGGAGAGCAGCAAAUCUCCUCUGCAGCAAACUACCAGAGCUAGUUCGCCAUGUUAUGUGCUACAACAGUCUAGACCCUGCUGCUGUUCAGCAGCACGUCGAAUGCGUUGAAGACCAAGAAGCUCUGCGUUCUCAACUGCGAGAACGCAACCUAACUUCUUUCGUUGCUAACGGCUCCUGUCUGCCACGCCGCAGCGGGGUGGAUGACACGCCCAUGACAAAGGCGCAAGAACCCAAUUUAGUUUUGUUUCAGUCACCUGCGGAUUUAGAAUGCGCAUUUACUCUGCCCAACCGUGGCAUAGUGCGCGGCAUGGGGAUCCCCCGAGGUAUUACUUUAAUUGUUGGCGGUGGUUUCCAUGGAAAGUCGACGAUGUUAGAAGCGCUGCAGGUUGGGGUGUAUAAUAAAAUACCGGGGGACGGCAGAGAGUUUGUGAUUACUGAGCCAAAUGCUGUGAAGAUUCGUGCGGAAGACGGGAGGGUCGUCACCUCAGUUGACAUAUCUCCCUUCAUCAGCAACUUGCCUUUCGGCAAGAGCACAAAUUCGUUUUCGUCUCAAGAUGCAUCGGGUAGCACUUCACAGGCCGCCAACAUAAUGGAAGCCCUCGAGUUUGGGGCCUCCGCUUUGUUGAUAGACGAAGACACUUGCGCAACGAACUUUAUGAUUAGAGACGCAAGAAUGCAGGCGCUUGUUGCAAAGGAGAAGGAGCCUAUAACUCCCUUCUUAUUCCGAGUGAAGCGCCUGUACACCGAACUUGGUGUAUCUACAGUCAUGGUCAUUGGGGGCAGUGGAGAUUUCUUUGAGGUCGCAGAUGUCGUUCUGCAGUUCGACAAAUACGAGGCAUUUAAUGUCACUAAACAAGCUAAAGAAAUCGCCCGCCAAUUUGCCAGCAACAGCGCAGCCACGUUUCAGCUACAGACUCCCCUUAGCCACGCAAAUGUACCAUUUGGAGCUGUUCGCGAGCGCGCUGUUGUUGAGCACUGUCUACGGCCUAACGGCAAAGUGAAGGUGGGGGGCACGCGUUCGAUUGCCUACGGCACCACCACUAUUGAUGUUUCGGGAGUUGAACAACUUAUUGAAGCCUCUCAAACAAGAGCAAUUGCUUGCUUCAUUCAGCAGCUUGCAAGGAACUACGAACGCCUGAGGAGCAAGGGGAAACAAAAGCUGAUGAGAAUGUUUAGGAGUUACCGGUUGGGGUUUAGGGAAGGCAGGAAGAUGAUGGCCAUCUUGAUUCUUGUUAUGGGUUAG